AUGUCUGCCCCAUCGUUUGCAGAGCUCGAGGCUGCUGCCAGCUCUGUUAUUGGCAUCCUACAGACAAUGCCGGAAUUCUCGAACGCUAAGAUUGCAGUUAUUGGAGGAUUAGGUCUUUGGAAAUAUCUCCGGGGUUACCGUACAACGGAGGAUGUCGACUUCCUUAUUACAGUUCAAGGAGCGCCGAGUGUAGUCAAAGACAAGCUACUUGCUAUGCCCUCUGGUCCCUUCCAUCAGCAGGCGCAGCUUUUUUUUUACAAAAGCCCGAACGGCAAGCAUAUUCAGAUCGAUAUCACGCCGGAUUGGCAGUCUCCGUAUCUUCCGUCUGCAGCCGUGUCUAUUUCCACUGUCCGGCCAGGGUCUCUUCCGUAUAUUUCAGAAAUUGAUCUUCUGGUUUUCAAGAUAAACAGCUGUGGUUUAAGGCCCACUCCCGCAAAGAAAUUACGUGACGCAACAGAUGCUAGGUCAUUGGCGGAUGAUCUCAGUUCUAGAGGACCCAUUGUCCUAUCAUCCACUCAAAAAAGGGCGGUACUCCAGGGCUUGGAUGAUGUAGUACGCCUCUCUGGAAAAGAUCUGACCUGGUGGAAGACAAAAUUGGCACUGAGUUGA